AUGUCAACUGAUCUGAUAGAAAAGAAAGAAGAAGAAGUUGAGGUGGUGAACAGCGAGGCUACCAUUGUGAACCAAGAAAUUGAUUCGUCAGCACAGAAUACAGAAGAGCAAGAAUCGACUGACAAGAUCGAGGACGUGGGGCAAGAUACUACCCAGUCAAACGAAGCAAAUAAUCAGGCACCUGCUUCUAUAAGUGAAGAUGCUCAAGUUGAAAAUGUAUUACUUCAAGAAAGUACCAACACAAAUACCGAGGAUCAUGCAAAGGAACAAGCAGAUCCAGCAAACAAGGUCGAUGAACAUCAAGAAGCAAACCAGGAGGAAUCCACGCAAGAAGAAUCUAAACAAAUUGAACUCGAAGAACAACAAGAAUCAAACAUCGGGGAAACCAGAGAAGAAAAUCCCGAAGAUGUACAAACCGAGGAUAAUGAAGAAUCAAAAGUCGAACAAGUCAAAUCAGAAAGUACCGAGGAUAAAGCCAACUUCGAAAUAUCCACUACUCCAGAUUUGGUUCUUUCCGAUGAUGAAAUCAAUGUUGACGACAUAUCAUCAUCCGAAGACGAUUCCGACUCCUCCUCAGAUGAAGCAUCUGAUUCUGAUUCCGACUCUGACUCCGACUCGGAAGAAACUGAUGAAAACAUCCUUGCGGAUGAAGUUGACGAAGAAGAAGAGGAAGAAGAAGACCACAUUGACGGCCCCAUCAAGUCCAAGCACGAAGUCACAGAAGUUGCCCCUGUACUUCCUGAAAACUAUCAAAUUCCCGAGAAUGCACCCAUUGAAGAAAUCGGAAUCGUGACUGGUCUAGUUGAAAACUCCAUGAUCAUCAAGGCUAGAACAUCGGGUGAAUUUCGAGUCCUUAAGGAAGAAUCAAUCUUUUGUUUUGAUGAUAGAACUGUUAUUGGUCCCUUAUUUGAAAUCUUUGGCAGAGUUCAACAACCAGUAUAUCGUGUGAAGUUCAACAGUGAAGAAGAAUUUGCCAAAUUUAAAGGGACAACGGGGAAAUCUGUUUAUUAUGUUGUUCCUGAUUCAGGAUUCUUGUAUACCGAUACAAUAAAGCAUUUGAAAGGUACUGAUGCCAGUAAUUGUCACGAUGAAGAGCUUCCACCUGAAGAACAAGAGUUCUCUGAUGAUGAGGCAGAAUUGGCCGCUAAACAAGCUAAGAAGAAAAAGAAUAAAAACAAGAAACCAAACGACAAAAGACAAGGGGAACCCGUUGUCAGUGCCUCCAAGAGACACCAACCAGUUGCUUCCUACUCCCCGAUUAAUAAUGCAAGAUCAUCUGUUAAUAGAAGAGAAAACGUACAUGACUAUAGUAACUAUUCACGAGCACAACCACAAGCACAACCACAACAUCAGCCCUAUGUCCAUACUUCUACUCAACAAUAUCAACAACCUCAACAAUCUCAACAAUCACAAUAUGGCCAACCUUAUUUCCCCCAUGCAGAUCAACAAUAUAGACCAUCACAGCAGUUUAACCAAUAUCAAGGGUACCAACAAUCGUUUCAACCACCACAACCGUCAUUCCAACAACCAUUGUACCCAAUAUAUCCACAGCAGCAGCAAUUUCAACAGCCAAUGUAUCAACAACAGUACCAUCAAGAGUAUCAGCCAGCACCAGCAAAUACCAACCAGGUAGAUCCUGCCCAACUUGAACAGUUGAAACAACUCCUUCUCCAACAAAUUCAACAAAACCAACAAAACCCUCUGCAAUAA